CUCCAGAUCGCCUACAAACGACGCCCAAUACAUCGAGCGAUGCUCAAAAAAUUCUGGUGGUGGCCUAUAUGCGAACAGGCUCGACGCUGCUGGGUGAAAUACUACACCAGAUCCCAGGUUCCUUUUAUCUGUUCGAGCCACUUCGUACCCUGGAAAAAAAUCGCGCAGAUGCUAUUCAAGCAAACCGGACGUCUUUCACGCUAGAAUACUUGUUUAAAAAACCUCAGCAGUUUAACAUAUCAUCGUACAACGGAGUUAUUCACAGUGUGAUGAAGUCCCUAUUAACUUGCUCCCUCGACGAGUUGCCAAGUGAUAUUCUUACGGACCACCAUCAUUCUGUGUUUAGUGACUCACUGAAUGAUUUCAAAGCCUGCCGCUCAAAACACAUAGCGGAUCUCAAAAGCAUGCAAACGAUUCUGAACCAAACGCAGACGACGAACAGUACCAAUACCAUUACCAAACUACGAUUGAACGACAAUUUAAGGAAAUGCCUGCUGCCUUACACAGCAAGCUGUAGAAAUUCUUCUGCAGUUGUGAUGAAAUUCAUUCGCCUAAGAAUGAGGCAUGCUAUUCGUCUACUUACAGAUUUUCCCAAAUUGAAAAUCGUCCAUCUCAUCAGGGACCCCAGAGGGAUAAUAGAUUCACAGCAGAGAACGGGCUUUUCGAAAAACGGAGCAGCUAUUGCAGAAGAAUGUCAUGCUAUAGCAAGCGAUCUGGUGUUCACUAAAUAUUUGAUGGAAAAUAAGCCAAGUGCAAUAAAAUUAAUUCAAUACGAAGACAUCGCAGAAGAACCGUUGAACAUGUUAAGGGAGCUUAGACAGUUUACGGGUCUAAAGUUUCGGGCUGACAUUGAACAAUUUAUCAUCAAUAAAACGUCAGCAGCGAAAGACUCCGGUGCAUACUCAACAGAUAGAAAAAGUUCCACCAAAACAGCUUACAAGUGGAGAACUCAUUUAAAUUUUCAGUUAGCCGUGGACAUAGACAGGGCGUGUGUCGUGUCAAACAGUGUUCUAGGGUAUCUUCCAUUUCACAGUAACGAGAACCUUAAAAACAUCCUGGUUUCGCCCCGUAGGCGUACCAAUGUAACGCAUUCACUGAUCACAAACAUUAACUUCUAGAAUUGUCCACCAGUACACGUUUCUAACGGAUGUUAAUGCAUUAUUGCAAACAUUAACAAACAUGCCAUCAGCGGUGUUUUUUAUGAUCGACAACUAUUACUGUGAACAAUUUACAGCCCAUGACUUAUUGGCGUCGCCCUGGAGGGCGGCGACUAGUAUGUAAUGCAUUUUUUUUCGCUUAUGGGAGGAGAAGUUAUUUUACGGAUCAAUGUAUAUAUUUUUGUUUUAAGAAUAUCUUGCAUAGUGGUGAUUUUUUAUGUAAAUUAGUGUAAAUAAGUACUGCAUUUGUGCCUAUUACAUUUAUUACAACAUUUAUUGCCAAAUAAGCUAAUUGUUUUAAUUAAUAACUGAUCCACAACUGAUCACAGGGGAAAGAUCACAGGGACUGGGCAAAUACGCGAAACGUUCUGGUUUUGUUUAAAAAAAAUGAUGUUUUGUAUAAAAACAAAACAAAAAUAUAUUUAUUUUGGUGGGUUUUCUAAUUUGCUUAUUUAGUGGAGAGUCAAUUCGGUACGAUAUUUGACGACCUAUCGCGCAAGCAAGUUUAUUGGAAGGCGUAGUUGUACGAAAACGUACAAUGUAUUCGUUUAUUAAUAGACAUAUAAUAACGAUCGCUAUACACAACUUCACCAAAUAGCAGUACAUAAGUGAAUGUCAGCCGGAAUAGCACAGUUGGGAGAGCUUUAGACUGACGUUGUUUACGCCACAGUCAUCUAAAGGCCCCCCGGUUCAAUCCCGGGUUCCGGCACGAACGGAACAGUUCGGCGGUUGACAAUUUUUUCAGUCAGGUUAAUAAAUAUAAUAAAGCUUUAUUUUACGUAGACAUUUUAAAAUCCAUUUUACUACAAUUGGACAUUUUUUAUUAAAAUUAAUGGAUGCAACGUGGUGACAACGUUAAUUAAAAUUUCUUACAUCACUUAAAUAUCUUAUAAAAAAAUACACGUGUUUUUAUAUUAACAAAUAAAUGCAAACAACACAUCUAUUAUCCAUGUAUUUUUAUGGUUGUCUAUCAUAGGCCUAUCCCUUCCACAUAUAGAGCGCGAAGCUCGACACGUAUUAUUGAUUGUAACAAUGAGUUGCAAUAAAGGAAGCAGUCGCUUAUCAAGGAGGAACUGUGGCAACCCGUUUCCCUAGAGUCAAGCACUCCUCGUUUUUUUUAAGAACCACAUAUAGAGCGCCCUUUAGCAGUAUCCGACCAUUACGCCCAUAAUUAUCUUUCUUAGAAGUUGAGAAAUUUUGAAAUCCUUGUUGAAGUCCAAAAUUUUCAUCCGAUUGUUUCCAAACUUUCACAGGUUUUUUAUCAAUGAGGACCCAACCCAAACUCUAUGUAAGCAAUAUCGGACCAUACGUCCAGAAUUAUGUCUCUUUGAAAUUAAAAAUAAAAGUGAAAAACUGCUUGGUUAGGUGAUUAUGUCAACAUUGCUCAUCAGAUUCUUUCCAAACUUACAGUGUCUUCAUAUCAAUGAGCAUUUUUACCCCAUUUAAAAUGAGAAACAUCGGGACAAUAAGUCAAGAAUUUUUUUCUAUUAAAUUUGACAAAAUAAACAAUUUCCCUUGUUUAAAAGAUUUCACAACUUUCGCCUGAAUCUUUCCAAACUUGUUAAGUGUUUUUAUAUCAGUAUUACUCGAACCCUAUUGAAAAUGAUGAAUAUCGGAGCAAUAAAUCUAUAUUGAUCUUUUACUGAGUUUCAAAGUAUUGUGAAAUGCAGCUUCUUUAUACAAUUUAUAGUUUUCAUUCUUUUUUUUUCAAACUUUUACAGUGUUUUCAUAUCAAUGAGUACUCGACCCCUAUCGUAAAUGAGCAACGUAAGAAUAAGUUCAGAAUCAUCUCCCCUUGAAGUUGAGAAAAAUAUGAAAUUACGCUUACAAGAUGAAGCAGAUUUUUUUUAAACCUACACAGUUCUGUUCCAUUAAUGAAAACUGCUCACGGAUACCUGUUAAAAAAGGAAACUAAUGUAAAUAAAAUGAACUAUGAAAUAUUUGGGUGUUACAACACAAAAUCAUAGAUAAUGGUUAUUUGGGGGUUAUAACACAACAUCAUAAAUAAUGGUUAUUUUGGGGUUAUAACACAAAAUCAUAGGUAAUGGUUAUACCAGUAUCUUUUUCUAUUUUGUUUAAAAUAAUCGGCCAAUAUAUAAAUAUUUACAGUAGAAAAAAAAUCGUUCCAUGUAACUUCAUUGAGUGCCUUUUACACUGAAAUUCCCGACGCCCUUUGAUGCUUUGCAUCAAUACUUAUCUUGUAAAUAUUUGUUUCCAAUUAAAUUCUUGUUCUUGAAGACGACUUUGCCAUUUAUUUUGAAUCUAAGCGUUUUCUGCAUGGUGUUAAAUUUGUAGUUUGUAAAACAUUUUGUUUGUUUUGUUUUGUUUUGCAAGUAUGUUUUCCGUGAAUGAUGUUUGA